GGUGCGCUGUGACGGUACAAAAUGUUAACCUUUCUUUUAAUAACUACAACUUUAUUUGUGUUUUUAUAUCUUUAUUUUACGAGGAAUUUUAACUACUGGAAAGAAAGAAAUGUUGUGGGACCUAAACCGGUUGCAUUUUUUGGAAAUAUCAUGGAAUCUGUGGUAAGAAGAAAACAUUUGAUAAUGAUCUACAAAGAUAUUUACGAAGCGUAUCCAGAAGAGAAGGUCGUUGGAAUUUAUAGAAUGACGACGCCAUGCCUCUUCCUGCGCGACUUGGAUGUUAUAAAGCAUGUUAUGAUAAAAGAUUUCGAAUUAUUUAGUGACAGAGGAAUCGAAUUUAGUGAAAAAGGGUUAGGUCUUAAUAUAUUUCAUGCGGAUGGUGAUAGAUGGAGAGUCUUGAGACAACGUUUCACACCUCUGUUUACUUCGGGCAAGCUGAAAAACAUGCUGUAUCUAAUGUCUGAUAGAGGCGAUAAGUUUAUUAGAAAUGUAGAGAAGAUAUCUGAAAUACAACCAGAGCAACAUAUUAUCCCAUUAGUUCGAAAGUUUACAAUGGCUUCGAUAACCGCUUGCGCUUUCGGUAUGGAACUGGACGAAGAAUUAUAUCAAACAUUAGAAAAAAUGGACGGUGUUAUAUUCAACUCUAAUUACGGAUUCGAAUUGGAUAUGAUGUAUCCUGGAAUUUUGAAAAAGUUCAAUGGAUCGAUCUUUUCAAAAACGAUAGGUCCGUUUUUUGACAAUCUAACAAAAAGUGUGAUUCAACAGAGAGGUGGAAUACCAUCAAAUAGAAAAGAUUUUAUGGAUUUAAUUUUAGAGUUAAGACAAAAGAAAUCUAUUGAAGUAGUAAAGAAACAUGAUGAUGUAGAUGUGACUGCUCUUGAAUUGACCGACAGUGUAAUCGCAGCGCAGACUUUUGUAUUUUACGCAGCAGGCUAUGAGACUAGCGCUUCAACUAUGGCGUACAUGUUGUAUGAAUUAGCGAAGAAUCCUGAUAUACAAGAUAAAGUUAUUGCAGAAGUUGAUGAAGUUCUUUUACGUCACAACGGUGAAAUAACAUAUGAUACUUUGCGUGAUAUGACAUAUCUAAUCCAAGUGUUUCAUGAAACAUUAAGGAAAUACCCAGUGGCGGAUCUUUUGAAUCGUAAUGUCAAAGCUGAUUAUGCAGUUCCGGGUACCAACGUUACUCUCAAGAAGGGACAAACAGUUAUAAUGUCUGGUUUUGGUAUUCACCAUGAUCCAAAAUAUUAUCCAGAUCCAGAAAAAUUUGACCCCGAACGCUUUAGUCCUGAGAAUGUGAAAAAUAGACAUCCAUGUGCCUUUUUACCUUUUGGUGCUGGUCCCAGAAAUUGUUUAGGUAUGCGGUUUGCUAAAUGGCAGGUGCAAGUUUGCAUCAUCAAAUUCCUGUCGAAGUUUCGACUCGAGCCGUCGCCGAAAACUAUGUCUAAGUUCGUAUACGGUCCCAAGCGUCUUUUUGUUUAUCCAGAAUCUGGGAUUUACAUAAAUAUUUUACCCCGAAAACAGUGAUCAUUCGACAAAUUACGAGAUACGACAAUGAAAAUAAAUUUAGUAUUAUCCACGCUUGGUUCUAAAUGAUAGUUUUAAUUGAACAGUUCGACUGUACAGUUAAAACUGAGCGUCUUGAUACGGCUCCUAAAAUUCCUAAUACAUGUAGAGACCAUUUAGGAAGAGAACUAGGGCGUUGCAGGGGGGGAUAGGUUUGGUGUGGUGUAAAAUCUCUCGUUCUACCGUUCACAAUAAUAACUGUAAUACAUCUUAAGAAGCUCUCGCUAGACAGUUGGAUUAAGGGCCCGAUUCAAAAGACGGUUAUUUUAGAAACCGCACGAAU